AACUGUCUCUCUCUCUCGUGUCUGUAACCUUCCUGGAAACCUCAACCCAAUGAUAAAGCAAGCCUUGCUCAAUACGUGACCAUUUUUUCUUUUUCUCUUUCAGCAACAACAAACAACCCAAUUCCCAUCUUCCCUUAUCUCUCUUUGUUUUUCUUAGAGAGAAAAGAAUAUUAAAGAAACAAAGAUUUGAACUUUCUCUCUUGUUGGGUUUAUAUUUAUGUUAUUAUGGCAUCUUCUUCGGGUAGCUUAGACACAUCUGCGAAUUCAUAUCCAUUAAGUUUCAGUUUUUCUUCUCACAGCAACUUCAUGACCACCACUCGUUUCACUGACCUUCUUGCAUCUACUGAUGAUGAAACCAUUAAGCGUAGUGGUGGGUUGGGUGAGAGAAUAGCAGAGAGAACUGGGUCUGGUGUCCCUAAGUUUAAGUCAAUUCCACCCCCUUCUUUGCCUCUCUCUCCACCUUCUGUUUCUCCUUCUUCGUACUUCGCUAUUCCUCCUGGUUUAAGCCCCGCUGAGCUUCUUGACUCUCCUGUCUUGUUAAACACUUCUUGUAUUUUGCCUUCUCCAACUACUGGUUCAUUUGCCAAUUGGAAGAUGAACUCUAGUCAUAAUAACCAGCAAAAUGUUAAGCAAGAAGACAAUAAUUACUCAGAUUUCUCUUUUCAGCCACCAACAAGGCCAUGUACAACAUCAUCAGCAAUGUUUCAAUCUUCAAACAGCUCAAUUCAAACUGCACAACAGCAAAGGUGGAGUUUACAAGAAUCUGUAAAGCAAGAUGAUUUUGGUGCUCUUCAAACAAAUACUCAAAGCAGCAAGAACAACAAUAACAACAACAACAACAACAACAACAAUGGGUUCCAGUCAGAUUAUGGUGAUCAACCACAGCAAUAUCAAUCAGUGAGAGAGCAAAGAAGAUCAGAAGAUGGAUACAAUUGGAGGAAAUAUGGUCAAAAACAAGUUAAAGGAAGUGAAAAUCCAAGAAGUUAUUAUAAGUGCACAUAUCCUAAUUGUCCAACAAAGAAAAAAAUUGAAAGGUCUUUAGAUGGACAAAUAACUGAGAUUGUUUAUAAGGGUAGUCACAAUCAUCCUAAGCCUCAAUCCACUAGGAGAUCAUCUGCUAACUCUUCUUCAUCAGCUACUAAUCAUGCAACAGUUGAGAAUCACUAUAGUAAUAAUAUUCAAGAUCAAUCAUUCGGUACACAUGGUAGUGGUGGACAAAUGGAUUCUGUUGUAACAACACCUGAGAAUUCUUCCAUUUCUGUUGGGGAUGAUGAUUUUGAUUCUUCACAAAAGAGCAAGUCUAGAAGCGAUGAGUAUGAUGAAGAUGAACCAGAGGCCAAAAGAUGGAAAACAGAAGGUGAAAAUGUGGGAAUUUCAGCACCAGGGAGUAGAACAGUGAGAGAACCAAGAGUUGUAGUUCAAACCACUAGUGAAAUUGACAUUCUUGACGAUGGAUAUAGAUGGAGGAAAUAUGGGCAGAAAGUAGUCAAGGGCAAUCCAAAUCCUAGGAGCUAUUACAAGUGCACACAUCCAGCAUGUCCUGUGAGGAAGCAUGUUGAGCGAGCAUCUCAUGACCUUAGGGCAGUGAUCACAACCUACGAGGGCAAGCACAACCAUGAUGUUCCGGCUGCUCGCGGCAGCCACUCCGCAGUCAAUAGGCCAUUGCCUGAUAACAACAACAACAACAGUAAUAGCAAUAGCUACAAUAGUAACUCCAGUGCAGCUAUGGCAAUAAGGCCAUCAGCUACGAAUUAUCAUUCUACCAACCCAAUUCGCAAUUCAAGGCAACCAGUAACAUCUGAAGGAGAAGCACCCUUUUCACUGGAGAUGUUUCCAAGUCCAGGAAGCUUUGGGUUCUCAGGAUUUGGAAAUGCUAUGGGGUCUUACAUGAAUCAAACAAAAGAAGAACCAAGGGAUGAUUUGUUUCUGGAGUCAUUGCUAUGCUGAAACUUGCAUGUUUUUGGAGGGAUGAUAUAAUAAUAAUAAUAAUAAGAAGAAGAAGAAGAAGAAGAAGCAGGUCAAGUUCAUUUGAUUUAAUUAAGUACAGACUGUUUGCUGUGUAUAUUUUACAACAAAAAGGCAUUUCAUUUUAGUAAUGUUGUAAGAUCAUAUACUGGUAUAGCUUUAGGAAGUAUCAUUGUCAUCUAUUAAGUUAAUUUUUUGAUUGUUUUGGGGCCUUCAUUUGAUAUUCAUAUCAUAUUCCAAGCCUCGAUUCAAUUUUGUAUCACAGUUUUAGUGUUAUUUGUUAAUUUGUUUAUGGUUUUAAAUGGAAAACUUUUAAGGUUCAUUUC